AAGCAAUGUUAUAGGUGCUAAUUGAAAAUCAAUUUAUAUAUAUUAGUAUAACACUGUAUAUAUGUGUCUCAAUUCUUCUGAAUUCGAUAUAUCUUCAUCAUGGCACAGUCCGAUAAAAACAUGGCGGAACAAAUCUUAUCGACGUUGUCAGCAACAAUGAAUCCUGAUCCUAAUAUUCGUCGAGCCGCGGAACAGGAAAUCAAAAUAUUAGAAGUAACAGAAGAUUUUUGUGUUCAUCUUGCGAAAAUAACAGUCGAUCAAAGCUUUGAUUUGUCGUUGCGACAGUUAGCGUCACUUAUAUUAAAACAAUAUGUCGACACUCAUUGGAGUUCUAUUUCUGAGAAAUUUUCUCCGCCGGAAGCAAGUGAAAACGCGAAGAUUGCAAUUCGUCAAAUGUUGCCAAUUGGACUUGCUGAUCCGCAGAGAAAAAUUAGGACUUCAAUAGCGUAUGCUAUUUCUGCUAUUGCUGGUUGGGAUUGGCCUGAGAACUGGCCUGGAUUAUUCGAAUCAUUAAUGCAAGCUUUAACCUCACAAGACCCUAAUGCAGUGCAUGGUGCGAUGCGGGUUCUGACUGAAUUUAUCCGAGACGUCACAGACACUCAUAUGAAUUCAGUGGUCCCAGUUUUAUUGCCACAAAUUUAUAAAAUAUUUACAGAGACUGAUUUAUACAACAUAAGAGUACGAAGUCGUGCGGUUUCAAUUUUUAACACAUGCGCCUCGUUUGCAAGUGAAAUUGGAAAUGCUAAGGACCCACUACGUGUUAACGUUAGUCAAUUUCUGCCAAACUUUUUACAAGCUUAUGUAAAAGUCCUCAAGAUCUCUAACAGUGAGGUUUCUGAUCCAGGAUUGAAGAAAGAAGUGAUGAAAACUCUCACGAUUUUGCUUCGUGGCUUUGAAAAGGAGAUAAAACCUGUGAUAGCAGAAAUAUUGCCUGCUGUGUGGGGGACAUUCACAAAUUGUGCUGAAAUGUAUGUAAAAAAGGAAGUAAUAUCUGUAGAAGGCCAUGACGAUGCUGUGGACUCGGACGGUGAAGGAACAGGUUUUGAAAGCUUAGUAUACUGUACGUUUGAAUUCAUCGAAUGUAUGUUAGAAUUGAAGUCUUGUCGUGGAAUUGUAAAGCAAUCCCUCGAAGAUUUAAUCUAUCAUUUAAUAUUAUACAUGCAAGUUACAGAAGAUCAGAUUUCUAUUUGGUCUGAAAACCCUGACCAAUUUGUUCAAGACGAAGAUGAUGAAACGUUUUCAUACAGCGUCCGUAUUUCUGCUCAAGAUUUGUUUCUUACCUGCUGUAGAGAGUUUCAAAGCGAGAGUGCAAUAAAUUUGAUAAAAGCUGUGGAUCGUCAUGUACGUCUCGCUAACGAAGCUCGAAUUUCGAGUCAUCCUUGCUGGUGGAAAUCUUACGAGGCAUUAAUGCUUGCAUUGGGAUCUGUGGAAUCUCUUGUGUCACGAACAAUUGAGGCAGGAAAUGCAAAUUUUGAUGUCAAUUUAUUUAUUACUAGCAUCGUGCUGCCAAGUAUAAAAGCUUCCGAGUUCCCUUUCCUUGUAGGACGUGCUAUAUGGGUUGCAAGCCGAUUUACUUGUAUGCUGCAACCAGAUAUGCUGACUCAAUUUCUUGAAUACACAGUCCAUGGGUUAAAAGACAACCAACCCCCAUCCAUUAGGAUUUCAGCAGUCCGAGCCGCUUGCAAUUAUUGCGAUCAUUUGGAGCAGAUUGGCCAAACAGAAAAACUCAGUCCUUAUUGUGCAAGCCUUUUAGAAGGAUUAGUCCAACUUGCAAUGCAAGCAAGUGUGGAAACUUUAGCUCUGGUUUUAGAAGCUAUCGGAAUUGUUCUCAAAGUUAAUGAUGAUGUUACAGCUAAAUAUGAGCCCCAAAUUACGUCACUAACUUUCAAUCAAUUUUUACGUCACAAUAAUGAUCCAUUUAUCGUGUCUUUGUGUUCUGAUGUCCUUGAAGUUCUCUCGGCCAAUAAGAAAUGUAACCGCAGCCUCGUGGAUCACAUCGCACCCGCAUUGGCGAAUAUUUUCACCGGACCGCCGGCUAAAAUAUCAGCAAAUUUGGUCGGGAUAUCACUGGAAUUAUUAACUGUUAUCAUUCGUAACACGGAUCCCCCAUUUUCAGAUUUACUUGUUAAAAAUUUGUUUCCAGUAGUUGUGAAUUCUGUUACAAGUUCGGAUGAUAAUUCUGUGAUUCAAAAUGGUGGUGACUGCAUUAGAGCUUUUGUUUCUCGCUCACCGAGUCGAGUUAUCUCCUGGACAGACCAAGAAGGCGUCUCAGGCUGGCAUUAUGUUUUGCGUGUCGCUUCUCAUCUCUUAGAUCCUCAGCUAUCUGAACAUUCUGCUGCAUUUGUUGGUCGUUUGGUCGGAGUCAUGAUACGAGAAUGUGGGUCACAGUUACAAGAAGUUCUAGACCAGCUACUUCGUGCCGUUCUCAGUAAACUUCAGCAAGCAAAAACCCUUACUGUUACGCAGUCAUUAUUAAUAAUUUUUGCGUAUUUAUUCAAGCAUGAACUUGUUCCGACACUCGAGUUUUUAUCGAAAGUUCCAGGCCCGAAAGGCAACACAGCUCUUGAGUUUGUAAUGACUGAAUGGUGCGAUAAACAGAAUCUUUUCUACGGACAUUAUGACACAAAAGUUUGCAUUUUAGCUUUAGCAGAACUUUUUAAACACGUAGUAGCGACGAAUGACACUCGCAUGAAUGAAAUUAUGGUUAAAGGAGAUCAAAUAUUCACUGACACCCCAACAGUUAGGACGAGAUCUCGAGCUAAAAAAGAACCAGAAAAAUGGACGUCUAUACCUCUGCCAUUGAAACUAUUGAAAAUUCUCAUCGCUGAGUUAGGUCAUGCAAUAGAUCUUGGGGAAGCUGCAGCGACGGGAGUUGGAAACGGGAAUGAUGAUGAUGGAUGGGAGGAUGAAGAUGACGAAGAUGCCUUCGAGAUCGAUGAGCUUGGCAAUGGCGAUGCUGGUAACUCCAGAGUGACUUUAUCAGAGUUAUUGGAUUCCGUGAACGAUGGAUUCACCGCAGAAGAUCUUGAAGGAGACGAGGAUGACCCCGACGUGCUCGCUGAUCCGUUAAAUUCUUUAGAAUUGCGGCAAUAUCUACUGGACUAUUUUAGACAAUUCUGUAACAGUUCAGCGCACAAACAGUACUUUGGUCAGCAGUUAAAUAAGACUGAAUUAGACAUUCUAGCAAGAGUUGGACUGUAGGAAAUUAAAUAGCUUAUAAUUUUAUAAGCGAAUAAUUAAGGCUGUAGUUGAACUAACAGGUUAGAAAUGCUGAACCGAAUUAAAUUCAAAUUCACCUACUGGAUUUAUUAGAUUGCUUGUUAGCAGGUGCUUUGCAAUUCAGUGUUUUGAUAAGCAAUCUGACUACAAUGGCAUAGUCAGCGGAGGUUUGCCAGUCGGGGGUAGAACAAACCCUGGAAUUUUGUAAUGACGGAAACACUGUCAAUUUUGAAUACCUUGUCAUCAAUUUUGAAAAUACUGGCUGCACCCAUGAUUUCAUAAAGGUUACUGAGUCCUCAAUACCUCCUCUGAUAACAAAAUUUGCCGAAACGGUCAGAUUCAAAAUGCAAGUUUUUCUGAUACAGAUCGACUGAUGAAUAUGGGCAUGACCUAUCAGUGGCAUCAUUUAUUAAACAUGAAUGCAUUAUACACUCUCUGAGAUCAGCCAAAUGAGCCUGGCCCGUACAUUGGUGUGUCAUCCAAUUAUCCAGCCCAAUUGUGGGUCAUCUAGCAUUUUCUAUUGGGCUACCAACAAAUUUUAAAUAUGGCAGUGAUACACAAAAAAGUUCUAUAAAUCCAACAUUACAUAGAAAUUUUUUGCCAAAUGGUUUUUGUACAUAUAUCAAACGAUCAUACAUCACGUUCAUUUCAACGAAACAAAUUAAAUGCCAAGUUUAUGACGUGGCUAAAUUUAAAAUUUCCAACAAAAUUGUUGGGCUUUGAAAUCUUUUCCAUUUUAUUACUUGGCCAGUCACUGUUCUAUAUGCAAUAUCCUUGAUAAACAUAUUCAAUAAUAUUUGCUUAAAAUACAUUUUGAGUGCUGCUUCAUAAGAUCAAAUUUUCAAUUUGAAUAUGCAAAGAAUGAUAUUGACGUUCAAAAUUAACAAUCUUGAUUCAAUUUCAAAAAUAACCAACCGUAUUGCCGGAACGGAUAUGAAGUCCCAAGGCUGUACAUCUGGAAAGAUGAUUUACUUAUCAUAUACCUAACCUGAACUGGUAACUGUUUAAAUAUCGUGGUCUUGCAGACGAAUGGGCCAAUUCUCAGCUCAUUGAUUUGACAUUUUCAAUUAAUUCUCUAGUUUCAUUGUUAACUUAACAGAAGAUGUGGUUCGCCACCUAUUUAGGCAAUGUCUUCCUAGGGAUAAAUCACAGCAUCCUUUUACACUUUCUAAUAUUUAUCAUUCUGUAUUGUGACUGAAGUUACAUUUAUUUUAAGCCCGACUGUACUAUUGUGCUUAUUAUAAAUAGGCUACCUCUAUUUGACAAAAUCAUUGCGGCAAAAAUCACAAAAAAGUGAUUUUGGUUCAAGAAUUAUUCUGAUAUUUUAUCUGGACCAUCUAAAUCAGGGGUGUGGAACUUACGACCCACAAGGAAAAAUUGUGCGACCCGCAGAAAAGAGCCAAUUUGUAAUGUUAUGUGACCCAGUAGGUUUUUCAUUUAGUUUAAUCGUUGCUGAGGCUCAUUUCUUGUCAGUGACUAUGACAUAACAAUGCCCUAACAGCUAGCUCGUGCGAAAGAAACAACGCAUCAUGAGAUCAAUAACCAACAUUUUUGUGCCUGCAACUGCUUGGAAGCGUACCGUAUUUGCUCGUUUUGUAGCCCGGGCCCAUAUUUUUUUCAACCAACUCACUAACCGGGCCCUUAUUCAAACCG